UUGCAAUAGUCAAGUUUAUUAUUGUGUGGCAAAUUGUUAUAUCAUUGUUUUCAUUAUUUUAAAAUUGUUAACUUCUUUACUAUUUGUCAAUUUUGAAAAUGUCAAGCAACGAAGAGAAAGCUAUGGCUUUAAUGGCUGAAGCUGACAAAAAACUUAAUUCGUCCAAAGGAUUCUUCUCAUCAUUAUUUGGCAAUGUGUCUAAAGUAGAAGACGCUAUUGAUUGUUACCAACGAGCUGCCAAUCUUUUUAAGAUGGCCAAAAAAUGGUCACAGGCUGGCAAGGCAUUUUGUUUGGCUGCUGACAUGAAUUCAAAAUCUGGUCGAAAACAUGAUGCAGCUAAUAAUUACGUAGAUUCAGCCAAUUGUUAUAAAAAAACUGAUCCUAAUGAAGCAGCAAGUUGUUUAGAAAAAGCUAUUGAUAUAUAUACAGAUAUGGGCCGUUUCACAAUGGCUGCAAAACAACAUCAAAAUAUUGCUGAAAUGUAUGAGACUGAAGCUGUAGAUUUGGAGCGCGCAAUUAAUAAUUAUGAAAAAGCAGCUGAUUAUUUUAUGGCUGAAGAGAGCAAAAGCUCAGCCAAUAAAUGCAAACUUAAAGUAGCUCAAUAUGCUGCUCAGUUAGAAGAUUAUGAUAGAGCAAUACAGAUUUAUGAAGAAGUUGCGGGAACGUCUUUAGAUAGUUCACUGUUGAAAUAUAGUGCUAAAGAAUAUUAUUUCAGAGCAGCAUUAUGCCAUCUAUGUGUUGAUGUUCUUAAUGCUCAAUUGGCUAUGAAUCAAUACAUUGAGCGAUAUCCAGCAUUCCAAGAUAGUCGGGAAUUCAAAUUAUUACAGGUUUUAUUGAAUCACAUCCAAGAACAAAAUGCUGAUGGAUUUACAGAAGCUGUGAAGGAUUAUGAUUCCAUAUCAAGAUUGGAUCAAUGGUAUACAACUAUAUUGUUGCGUAUUAAGAAACUAGUGAAUGAUACUCCUGAUUUACGUUAAUUUAUUGAUAUAUCAUGGGAAUCUUUUAUUUACAUAAUUGAUGUUAUUUAAAUUAUAAUUUAAAAUUCAACAGUAACAAAACAUACUCAUUGUACAGUAGAAAACUUAAUAGUUUACUAAAGAGCUUGUGAGUUGUUUUAUUAUCAAAUGCCCAACUGUUGAAAAAAAUUAUUUUAACAAAUCCUGUUAUAAGUAUUUAUAAGAUAUCAUUAAAUUCAUAAUGACUGUAUGGCAAUUGUUGUAAUUUGUUGAAAAUGUAAUCCCACAUUCCUUUUUAUGUGUAACAAUAUAUUGUUAUUACAUUAGCAAUUUAUACAAAUGUGUUUAUUUAUGUUUCAUUUAAAUAAUUUUUCUUGUUAAGAGAUUAAAUUAUUGGUUAAUAUGAAUUUAUUAUAUCUUUUAAAGUAAAUAAUUAUAUUUUUUUUUAUUCACAGUAUCCACAUUAAUUUAAUUUUAAAGAUAAUU